CAGUCAUGUGACGCUGAGCUCAGCGCUGGAGCGGCUCGUGGCGGUGCAGGAAGCGCUUACCUUCCUCCCGGGUUUUGAGGUUUCCCUGUGAAGCACAACUGAGGUUCAGCGAUGCACGCCGGGGGGCUCCUGCUGUGUUUGCUGUCCGCUCUUCAGCUCGGCUCCCGGGCUCAGUACGCUCCCGAUGAGGUCGGUCACCUUCCGGGCAUGACGUUCAAAAUCAACUAUCGGCAGUGGUCUGGGUACCUGCAGGCUGGAGCUGGGAAGUUUCUCCAUUACUGGUUCGUGACGUCUCAGAGGAACCCGGCCAAAGACCCCCUGGUUCUCUGGUUGAACGGCGGUCCGGGCUGCAGCUCUCUGGAUGGAUUCCUGUCAGAGAACGGCCCGUUCCACGUAAAUGACGAUGGAGCCACUCUUUACGAAAACAAAUUCAGCUGGAACAAGAUCGCCAAUGUGCUGUACCUGGAAUCCCCUGCAGGAGUGGGAUACUCCUACUCUGAUUCCCAAACAUAUGACACUGACGACGAUAAGGUCGCUGACGAUAAUUACAAAGCUCUUCAGAGCUUCUUUGUCAAGUUUCCAAACUUCACUCAGAACGAGUUCUUCAUCUUUGGGGAGAGUUACGGCGGCAUUUAUGCUCCAACGCUGAGCCUGCGUGUGGCCACAGGAAAGGCUAAAAUCAACUUCAAGGGCUUUGCAGUGGGAAAUGGUCUCAGCAGCUUUGCUCUCAAUGACCAAUCUCUGAUCUACUUUAGCUAUUACCACGGCCUGUUUGGAGAAGACUUGUGGCGUGAUCUGAACACAAACUGCUGUGACAAGGGAAGCUGUAACUUUUACAACAGUACAUCUGAGAACUGCAAGACGCUGGUGAACGUGGCCUUUGGCAUCGUGUAUGAAAGUGGACUCAAUGAGUACGCCCUCUACCUGGACUGCGAGGGCCGCAGAUCAUACCACCAAGGAUAUGAAAAGGCCAUGAGUCAUCUGUUCAGGAACUACAGGAAAAACCUGCACAGCUACAAGCUUUUAGAUGUUACAACGUCCUCCAUGUCUCUGGGAGAGGUGCCUCCUUGCAUCAACAGCACAGCUCAGACGAACUGGCUGAACAGAGGCGACGUGAGGAAAGCUCUGCACAUCCCAGACGUUCUGCCCCCAUGGGACAUCUGCAGUGAUGUUGUUGGAGAACAUUACAAGAUCUUGUACCACACAAUGAAGGAGACUUAUCUGAAGCUGCUGUCGCUGGGCCUCCGAGCGCUCGUCUACAACGGAGACACGGACAUGGCCUGCAACUUCCUGGGAGACCAGUGGUUUGUGGAGGACUUGGGCUUUAAGGCCACCAGCCGCUACCAGCACUGGAUUCACGAUGACCAGAUUGCCGGUUUCUAUCAGCAGUUUGGAAACAUCACCUUUCUGACAGUCAAGGGUGCAGGGCACAUGGUUCCCCAGUGGGCGCCGGGUCAAGCUCUCCACAUGUUUCAGUCCUUCGUAACAGACGGACCAUACUGAACCCUGAUGGAGACCGUGUUCUGCAGCCUUCACUCAUCAAGCUGUACAUUGUGUUUGUCUCAGGGAAAAUACAUUCAUUGUGCUAAAAGAGCAAACUGACCUACACUUAGCAGUUGAUUGCUACUUAAAUCUGAGUUUGUGGCAGAUUCUCACAUUUCUGGUUGUGUGGUUCUAUUGUUUUUUUUUCUUUCUGUUAUAAAAGGACUGUCAUUAGCCUGAACAAAGCUGUAAAGGGAACAUGUAAAUAAAAAUAAAUUCUAUUAAUCUUGUA